UCUCUUUCCAGACACAUCAUCUCAGAACUGGAGCACCUGGUCUUUGUCAACACGGAUGUGGGCCGCUGUCGGGCCUGGCUGAGGCUGGCCCUUAACGAUGGGCUGAUGGAGUGCUACCUGAAACUGCUCCUCCAGGAGCAGGCCCGACUCUGCGAGUACUACCAGCCCACAGCCCUGCUGCGGGAUGCUGAGGAGGGUGAGUUCCUCCUUAGCUUCCUGCAGGGGCUCACGUCCUUAUCCUUCGAGCUCUCCUACAAGUCUGCCAUCUUAAACGAAAGGACACUCACCCCACUGGCCCUCUCUGGGCUUUGCCCACUCACUGAGCUCGAGCCUCUCACUACCUCUGCUGCAGAACUACAGCGGAAGGAGUCUCUGGAUUCAAUUUCCCACUCCUCAGGCUCAGAGGACAUCGAAGUCCAUCACUCAGGCCAUAAGAUCCAGCGGAACAGGAAGCUCACCGCGUCCUCUCUCAGCCUAGACACAGCCAGUUCAUCCCAGCUAUCCUGCAGCCUGAACUCCGAUAGCUGCCUGCUCCAAGAGAAUGGGUCCAAGAGCCCAGACCAUUCUGAGGAGCCCAUGUCCUAUGACUCAGACCCUGGCACAGCAAAUGUGGAUGAUGCGGACCCAUCUCUGCAACAAUAAGCAUCUUUCCCCUCU